AGACACUUUACUCAGACUCUUGCCUCCACUAGCUCAUCAAGAUGCAAGGGUGUCUAGUCAGAGCGUUGACCUAGACUAAUGUAGAGAUGAAGCUGAUAUUGCUUCAUGUCCUCACUUCUUCAAGAGAAGCAGGAUGCUGUUACAGGUGGGUUCCUUUCUUCGGCGUGUUCGUGGCGAGACAUCGUCGCGAGAGAGCUUCAUCGUCAUGUGUUGUCGCCGGCGGAAGACUGCCUCUUUGUAGGUCUAGGGAGGUGGAAUAAGGAUGAUGAGAGGGUUCCAGUGAAGAUUCUUUUCCCGGAGAUUACGAUUAAGAGGUUGGGGUCUGCUGGGUGUUCCAAUUUCCCAGAUGCCUCACUGUUCCCUGAGGCAUUCGGGAGGGACAUAUUGGUUGAUUCUACUGUUCUUCCCGUCUCUGAGGUGGCUUGUGGUGUAGAGUUAGUGGAGCGAGGUGUGAUGUGCGGUCCUUUAAGACCCUGUGAGGUGCCUCCGUGUCUUCAUGGGGGCUCUUCUCAGAAGCUCUGGCUUACUCAGGUAGGUAAGGAGUUCCAUGUUUUAUGUGGUGAUCAAAGGCCUUUGUUUAGGCUAGCGUUCAUUGGUGUUGUUCCUGAUGCUGGUUGGUUGGUGGAGGCCCCCCACUUCUGGUCCAUGGUGAGGGAGGUCGUGGAUUCCAUGGCAAUUAGGAUCCCUGCUCUUGCCAUUGAGGAUGCUCUUUCUUCUGUUGGGCCUGCGGAUUUGCCAAGUGGAAGUGAUGUGCAGGUUUUGGGUGCUGUUGGGGUUGCUUCCUCCAGCGCUUCCAAGUGUCGUGGUCGCCCUAAAAAGACUGGUCGAGGUACUCGUGCUACUGGUCUUGUGGGGAGAGGUGCAGUGCGUGAUCAAGGCCUGACACCGCUACCUUCUCGCCCUCGAGGGCGACCUAGAAAGGUGAGGAAUCCGGGUUCAGAGUUGGAGCUUGGGAGUGGCUCUUCCUCUAAAUCUGGUGUGGAGGAUUUGGUUUGUAAUCAACUGGCUCUCCUUGAGCCUUUGUCUCCUAGCUCUUCGGAGGUUAUGACGAGGGCGAGAUCGGCGCUGGCUAUGGGUAAACGGAUGAGGAUGGUUUAUGAUUGCUCUGACGAGGUUGCCUUACAAGGCAUAGCGGAUAACAUUAGGUCCCGUAGGUUGGUGUAUAGCUGAUUGGUUAAAUUGUUUUGACUAGCUGUUGGUAUUGUGUCUAUAGGUUUUUUGAUUUGUUUUGGUAGGUGGGUUUGCCUUGGUUUCUUUCUUCUUUGUGGGGUGGCUUUUGUUUGUUUGUGGGUUAGCUUUUUGGUGUACUAAUCCUCACUUCCCCUUUGUACUUCUUUUGGCAUGGCUUGCCAAGUGUUGAUUUAUAAAUAUUUUCUUUUGCUGUAAAAAAAAAAGAGUAAGAUGAAAAAAUAAUUAAUUA